AUGUCUUUGCGUAUCGAAGAGAUCUAUACGUAUCCCAUCAAGUCCCUCAGGGGUGUACGGCUUCCUUCAAUACGGGCCUUUCCCACUGGAUUUGCAUACGACCGUCAUUUCAUGCUUUGGGAUGUUGAUAAAAAGGAGAAUCUUCACAUUGGCCUUCGACCCGCCCUUUGCCUUUUCACCACCAGCUUAAUCCCAGAUGAUGACCCGCAAAGUAUACAGGUACAAUAUGGCCUCAGCCAUACCUUUGAUCAGCCCUUGGAGCCUGUCGAGCCGUCCCCCUUGACAGUACCCCUGGUGCCAAAUGUGAAGGGGUUGGCGCAGGUCACCGUCACGAUGCACUUGAGCCCGUGCUCAGCAUAUGACAUGGGAGAGAAAUACAAUGACUGGUUCAGCCGUCGCCUGGGAUACUCCGUCAAACUGCUCUACAUCGGAGACUAUCGCAGGCAAGUCCUGGGCAACAUGGGCCAGGGAGUUGGGUCUGGUACGGUCAAAGUUCAGCCCUGGUUAGCGGCCAUCCCAGUGACCCUCCUCCUUCCCCUGGCCUACUCUCUCUUUUCGGGACAUGUGUCAAGUCUGGUCCAAUUGACCAUCUCCGUGUUGAUGGUUCUUGCGAGCUGCGCCGUUCUCGUGGAGCGAAUGGGCCUGUUGCAAUCAACAAGCAAGCCCUUGAUCACCUUUGCGGACCUCGCUGCCUAUCUCAUCAUCAGUCGGAAGAGUUAUCAAGAUGUCAAUGAGAGGCUGCCCGAUAACGAGGACAUGGAUAUUACCAAGUUUCGAGCCAACCUCGUGGUGUCGGGAGCCAAAGAAGCAUACGAGGAAGACUUUUGGGCCGAAUUACGCAUCCGGAAGAGCAUCACCAUGAAGCUGACCCAAAAUUGCGCGAGGUGCACCAGCCUCAACGUCGACUACGCUACAGGCAGAGCUGGUAGUAGCGAGGCUGGUAAGAUUCUAAAAAUACUAAGCAAAGACAGGAGGGUUGAUCCGGGAACCAAAUGGAGCCCGAUCUUUGGGAGAUAUGGCUUCUUCACGCCGAUGUCAUCAUCGUCUGAUACCGUCGUCAUCAAUGUAGGGGACGAGGUCGAGGUGACGGGGCGCAACUCGGAACGUACAAUCACAGGCAAGUAG